CUAUAAUUAAAUAUAUAAAUGGAUUAUCAAUUUCCAAGAAAAUAAUUACAAAUAUCAAAUUCAACUAAAGAUAAGGUGGAAGCAUGCAAAAGAUAUAUAGAGAGAAAAUAUACAGAUUUAUUAAAGGCAGAGAUGGAGAGAAGAGAGGAUUGGGCAAAAUUAUGGGUUAAAAUGAAAGAAAUGUAAUUGAAGGGUAAAAAUAUAAGAUUAUAAAAUAUAGUUUAGGAUUAAGAGUAUUAUAAAUCAUUAGUAUUAAAAAAGGAAGCAGAACUGAUGAGAAAAAAGUAAAUAAUAAUUUUGAAUUUGUAAUAAUUAGAAGAUAGAAGUUUUGCACUGAUGAUUUUGAGCCAAUAGCAAUAAUAGGUAGAGGAGCAUUUGGUGAAGUGAGAGUUUGUAGAAUAAAAAAGACAAAAGAAAUAGUGGCAGUCAAAAAGAUGAAGAAGUGUGAAAUGUUAGCUAAAAAUUAAUUAGCUCAUAUAAGAGCAGAGAGAGAUAUAUUAAGUUAUGAGAAUCCUUGGGUAGUAGAUUUAAAAUGUAGUUUUCAAGUAUGAUAUAUUAAAUAUAUUGUGAGGAUGAUAAAUAUCUUUAUUUAGUAAUGGAAUAUAUGGCAGGUGGAGAUUUAAUGACAUUAUUAAUGAAAAAAGAUAUAUUAACUGAAGAUGAAGCUAAAUUCUAUAUUGCAGAAUUAGUUUUAGCAGUUGAUUCAAUUCAUAAAAUGAAUUAUAUACAUAGAGAUCUUAAACCAGAUAAUAUUUUAAUUGAUAGAAAAGGACAUUUAAAACUAUCUGACUUUGGUUUAUGCAAGUAAAUAAGAUAAUAUAACAUACAGAUAUUCAGAAAUAAAACCAAAAGUUGAAUUAGGUAGAAAAGUGCCAAAUUAGAAUCCAGCUCCAUCUCCUAUACUUAAUAAAAUGUAAAAGAGAAGAUAGUUAGCAUUAUCAACAGUUGGUACUCCAGAUUAUAUUGCUCCAGAAGUCUUUACAUAAUUAGGAUAUACUGAAACAGUCGAUUGGUGGAGUGUUGGAGUAAUGUUAUAUGAAAUGGUUGUUGGAUAUCCACCAUUCUUUUCUGAUGAUCCUUAAACUACUUGUUAAAAAAUAUUACAUUGGCAAUAAACAUUUUAAAUACCAUAAGAUAUUACUUUAUCACCAUAAUGUAUUGAUUUAAUUAGAAGACUUGUUGCUGAUAAUACAGAAAGAUUAGGUAUUAAUGGAGUUAGUGAAAUUAAGAUUCAUCCAUUUUUUUAAGGAGUUGAUUGGAAGAAAAUUAGAGAAAAAAUUACUCCAUAUUAACCUUAAGUUAAUCAUGAAAUUGAUACUUAAAAUUUUGAAAAUUUUGAAGAAGAAGAACCUUGGAAUUGGAAUUCUAGUAGAAGAGUUAAAAAAGAUCAUUUUUAAGGAUACUCUUUUAAUAGAUAAGUCUAAAAAGAAUAAAGUCCUGUUAGAGUUGCUCUAGAAAAUAUUGAUAAAGUUGAAUUCCCAAAAAGAUAAUAACCUAUUUAGUAGCCAUAAAGUUAAAUUUAAUAACCUGGAAGUCCAUCACAUAGAAAAGUUGUAGCUAAACCUAUUGCUUAUGCAUAUAAUAAAUCUGCAAGAUCUAAUUCACCUGUUAACAAAAAUUAAUAAUAAAGUUCUCUAAAAACUAUUCCAUAACAAUAAACUUUAUUGAAUAUUCUAUCUUAAUAUAAGAGAAACUCUAAUAAUAAUAAUAAUACCUCUAAUAAUAAUUCUACUCUAAAUUAUUCAAGUUCAAGAUUACCCAAUCUUAAAAGUGUUCGAGAAUAAAGUCCCAGAUCACCAAGAAAUCCAUAAAAAUAUUAUUAUUCAUGA